GCUGCUGCUGCUGCUGCUGCUGAGGAGGAGGAGGAGUCGGGGCCGAGUGAGAGUUGACAUCUUUGCUCCGCUUCUAUAAUCUUUGGUCUACAGGAUGUUUCAGGGGAUCCCGGCCGCUGCGGGAGGUCAAGGGAACAAACCGGAGCUGUAUGAGGAGGUGAAGCUGUACAAAAAUGCCCGGGAGCGGGAGAAGUUUGACAACAUGGCGGAGCUGUUUGCUGUUGUGAAGACCCUUCAGGCUCUGGAGAAAACCUACAUCAAGGACUGCGUCACUCCCACUGAGUACACGGCUGCCUGUUCGCGGCUGCUGGUUCAGUACAAGGCUGCGUUCCGACAGGUGCAGGGGGCCGACCUCGCCUCCAUCGAUGAGUUCUGUCGUCGCUACCGUCUGGACUGCCCGCUGGCCAUGGAGCGGAUCAAAGAGGACCGUCCCAUCACUAUCAAGGACGACAAGGGCAACCUGAACCGCUGCAUUGCCGACAUCGUGUCUCUCUUCAUCACCGUCAUGGACAAGCUGCGCCUGGAGAUCCGCGCCAUGGAUGAGAUCCAGCCUGACCUCCGCGAGCUGAUGGAGACCAUGAAUCGCAUGAGUAACCUGCCCCCGGACUUUGAGGGCAAGGAGAAGGUGGACCAGUGGCUCCAGAAGCUGAGUGCGAUGUCCGCCUCGGACGAGUUGGAUGACUCGCAAGUACGUCAGAUGCUGUUUGAUCUGGAAUCUGCCUACAACUCGUUCAACCGGUUCCUGCACUCGUCGUGAAGGGCUACCUGCCCCAGCCUCUUCCUGUUCCGCGCGGUUUUUGCUGUUUCUGCCCCACUGCUGCUAGGCUCCGGGUGGAUGUAGUUUUCUUUCAAUAAACACCUGAGAUUGUACAUUCUG